GGAAGUGACGUUCGCAGCGGCCGUUUCACCUUUAAUUUAAAACCGGAACAAACGRAUGAGGAAAGUCGAUCGGCCGCUGAAUGUUUUAUCAGCUGUUUUCAUGUGAAUGUGAGGACAGACCGCGUGUUAAAUAAGGUCUAUAAAGGAAACGCUAACUGUGCGUUUAUUUGGACCGCAGCUGGACGCGAAACGAACUUCUAGAUGAGAGCUCAACAUUAGCUAAACAUCAAUAUUUUUUAUUUUGCUUUUACCCAACGCGUCCUUAUUUAUGCAUAGUGAAUCAUUUUAGGGGGUUUUAAUACGUCUAAGUUUCAAUGGCGGGAUCAUCAUUUGCAAGAACCAGGAGGAGAGUCAGCGGGGUGGCCGGGCUGAUGUGGCCGCUGCUCGGUGCGUGUCUCUGGGCUGCGGUGGUCGGGUACAAGCCGGUGAUCAUCGUCCACGGAUUGUUCGACAGUUCAGACGAUUUUAAGAACUUACAGGGGUUCAUUAAUGAGUCUCAUCCUGGGACCAAUGUGACAGUCAUCGACCUUUUCGACAGAGGGGCCAGCCUGGAGCCCAUGUGGAAGCAGGUGGAGGGAUUCAAGGCAGCCAUUUACCCAAUAAUGCAAAACGCUGCAGAUGGAGUUCAUUUCAUCUGCUACUCUCAAGGUGGACUCGUUUGCAGAGGGAUCCUUUCCAUUCUGCCCGACCACAACGUUCACUCGUUCAUCUCUCUGUCUGCGCCUCAGGCUGGGCAAUAUGGAGAUACAGACUACCUGAAGUAUCUCUUCCCUCAGUUUGUGAAGUCAAACCUCUACCACCUCUGUUACACGGCGAUCGGUCAGAGGGUUUCCAUCUGCAACUACUGGAACGACCCCCACCACAGAGACCUGUAUGUGAACACCAGCGACUACCUGGCUUUGAUUAACAGCGAGAGACCAAACCCAAAUUCAACAGAAUGGAARGAGAACUUCCUGAARAUCCGGAAGCUGGUUCUGAUUGGAGGCCCGGACGACGGCGUCAUCACCCCCUGGCAGUCCAGUCAGUUUGGAUUUUAUGACGACAAUGAGACGGUCAUCGAGAUCCAGCACCARGAUCUGUAUCUGAGAGACGUUUUUGGCCUGAAGACGCUGGCGGCCCGCGGCGACCUGUUCUUCUGCACCGUUCCGGGCAUUGAGCACGUCUGGUGGCAUUCGAAUGAGACGGUGUUCCAAACGUGCAUCGAGAAGUGGCUGGUGUAGCCACAUGCACGUGUGCACACACACACACACACACACACACACACACACACACACACAUUCUGCUGUUUAUUAAGAUCAUAUCAUCUUAAAAUCCAGGAAUCUCUGAUAACUGGCCGUUUGGAGUCAGGUAUCAAAAAGCGGUUGCAGGAUUUAUCUCUACUUUAUCCAUAAGUUUUUGCUUUUGCAAAUGAGAAAUCUUUAUUUAUGGUCAUAUUUAAARAAGAUGUAAAUGUAUUUGUUUGCUGUCCUGGUAAGACUCCAGUGAUAAGAAGAGAACUUUCUUUUCAAGGUACUGCAGGCAAUUUUUUACUUCCCUUUAAAACAAAGAGCAAAAAAAAAACACCCAAAUUUCAAAUUUUACAUGUAAAAUUCAUUUUAUUGAUUUCUGUUGACCUCAGAAAGUGGGUUUAAAUUAAUGAUCAGAGCAGGGAUGAGCUGAAAAAUGGUCCAGAAUCGAAAGAGUUCAUCACUCUUCGGAGUAAAYGCUGUUACCGAGUUAAGACAACUCAAAAUUCACCCCUUUUGUUAAACCUGAAGGCAUUUUAAAGGAAACCACUUUCUAAACUAUGUCAAGGCGUUUCUUCAGSCUGGAAAAGAGAGCGAGGUUUUCAGCAGGUAACAGGAAGGCUGAAUGCAGUUCAGGAAAGUGGUUUAGUUUUAUCAUUUGAAGUUUAUGUCAUAAACAAAUGCUCGAUUUGCAAAAUAUUUUGAUUUUGUUCUAUUUUCCUGCAUUGGAAUCAGGUUUUAUUGGCAGCUUAAAAAUGUACCCAAGUAGAGAUGGACCAGUCACAAUKUUGUGGCUAAUUACCAUUUUCUUAAGGUUUUUAUUGACUUCCUUSAGACUUCACACUACUAAAAUGACUCAUUUUCAUUUUCAGGCYUCCAGUGGCUUUGCAAGAGAGGAUACUUAUAACAGUAGCUCCAUAAUAUUAAACUUUUAUUUUAAGUGCUAACUUUGAAAUGUGUUGUCACAGAUUAACAAAACCCAUAAGUUCAUGUGCUAAAUUAGUUUCAUUUUUUAGUUAAAUCAUUUAAAGGGAUUUGAUGUCUCAGAAAAAUAGCAAGAUUGAGAKUUAUGAAAAAAGUAAACCAUGAGGUUUAAGUUCAUGCAUGGCUUUGAUGUGCAUUAUGAAAUUAUUGUUUUUGUCAUGAAAUGGGUCUCCCCUUGUAAAACUAUAAGAUUUAUCCUAAAAUUCAGAACAACGCUGGAAAUUUCAGGGAUUAAAUGAAACUAAAUAGGACUAUAAAGGACUAUUCCAGCUAUGCAUCUGGUCAUUUCUACAGAUUAAACUCUGAAAUGACCAUUUUAGUUCAGAUAUUGGUUCAGAUAUUGUUAAAGAAUAUCAAAUAUAAUACGACAGUGGAGGUGUUUUUCAACCUGCACAAACAAACUGUUGUAAAGCACGAAAAGCUCCAUUAGGUGCCUCCUGUUAAGUGUAAUUUAUGGAGUUACAGAUAAAACCACUCAGCAGAUUCUGGCUGAACUGUGGGAGGAGGUGACAAAUUCCCACCACAAGUUAUACAUUUGUAUUUUUACAUCCUGUGCAGCCUGCCUUUAAAAGAUUAAGAGCUUUUAUGACCCUUACAGCUGAUGUUUGCACCUUUUUAGUUUGUGUUGACCCCUUGCUACUACGUCACUAAAUCAUUCGAGGCGCCAUGACGGACGUCGGAAGUGAGGCUCAGGAGAAUUGAACGGAGCGACUGAAGUCGUUUUCCAAAGUUGUUUUAUUCACGAUUUCUAAUUGUUCGGGUCAAUUUGUCUGUGAACAUAACUCACCUGGUUGGGGCUCAUGGACGGCGAUGUUUACAAAAGUUUGAAGCAGCUAGCUUAGAAACCGACCCGUACCUCCUUCCUCCUGUCGUGUUGAUCUAAUUACCGAGUUUUCCUGAAUUCACACCCCAUGAUUUAUGUCGCUGUGUCGUAAAAUGCGGCUCCCCUUAAACCGGAGCAACAUUAAAAACGUACAAAAGACGAGAUGCUAAUAAGUUUUUUUUCCGUACAUGCUAGGCUACAUAACUGUGCGGCACUGUCUCCAUGGUUACCAAUGGUUAGACGCGUAGCUUCGCUAUAAUGCGAUAUUUGAUGUAUAAAGUAAAUGAAUGUUAAUCUUCUUACCUUGUAAAAAAGUGUUCGCUGCAAAUCCGCGAUCACAGCGAGAGCUAUCAGUCAUCACUAUUAACAGCUGCGAUCUAUCGCCGCCAUCUUUCCUCAUGAAAAGUUAUGACAAGUUUGGUGCAGCUCCCUAUGGCCAAAUGAAAUCAACCAAACAGAAUUAAUAUUAGGUUACAGGUGUCUGUUUUUAGACUAGCUUUACAGGGGCGCGUUGGUUGUUUUGACGUCCGUCAUGGCGGAGUGAGUGGAGUUCUGGAGAGCGUGACAUCACGUGCAAAGGGUCAGUCGCCAUUUUGUUGUUGCGGACAGUAAUGUGCUAUAUUAGCUUAUCUCAACGACACCAUGCAAACCCGACCGUGCCUGAGCGACCUGCUGUCGUCCUGUACAGAUGAUUACUGCCCUGCUCAUCUAGUGCAGACAUUUAUAUCAUGUUGAACCAGAUUCAGACAUUUAUUAACCUUUUAUUAUCAGCGUGCAUGAAAGAUCUGAUCACCAGUUUCAGAGUUUUUCCUCAGAUUCAUGCAGUACUCUAGACAUGUUCUCCUCCCGCUUUAGUGGAUUAAGCCUUAAAUGUUUUGUUUUGUUUUUUUCCUCCAUGCCUCAGUAUUUCAUGUCCAAAGUGCUUUGACACACUGCCUUCGGUGACGGUGCUAAAAAAUAUAUAUACAUAAAAACAUGCUACGUUAUAUAGGUAUAAAUGUAAAGUAGUGCAAAGUGGCCAGUCAGGUAGUGAUGAGUUACUGAUCCACCAAAAGCUUACAGUUCUGGUCAGACAUCUACAAUCUUCUCCUCGUGGGAAUGCGAGUGUCGUUUAUCUGAACAAGAUGCAAUGGAAACGACACAUUUUWAAAAAAUGGAUGCACAAGUUUAGACAAGUUAGAGAUGAACUGACUUCAAGAAGYUUCUAAAAUAACUUCCUGUUGGAUAUUUGUCUCUUAUCUUUGGCAGAAUUGGUAGAAUUAAUUUAGACUUGUUUAUUUCCAGUAGGACUGGGUGAUAAAUUGAUUUUAUUGAUCAAAUUUUGUUCACCAGUGCACUUUUUCAGAGUGAUGGCAGCGCGCCAGGGCGGCCAUCUUGUUUGACAAGCAUGUUUGACAAUAAAGUUUAAAUAAUUGGAGAAUAAAGUCUUAAUACUACCAGAAUAAAGCCGUAAUAUUAAGAGAACAAAAUAGUAAUAUUAUGAAAACUCUGACAUAAAAAAUAAAAGUCACACUUUUAAAUUUUGUAGGUAAGGCCUCAUCAAAUCAACAAAUUUAAAUGAGCUCUGUGAAAAGAGUUCAGAAGUGGAGGUUCAUCUUGCUAAAGGACAUUUAUUAAUCCAAUUUCUGGAGGUAUAUGUAUAUAUUUGAGCCUUUAUAACUUUGAUCCUGUGUAAAUUGCAGAAAAGUCGCAAUAAAUCCAAUCUUGUGCAUCUUUUUGUAACAAACAUUGAAGCUUUAACACCAAUCCACUUAGACAAAGUGGUUCAAGUAAACCAUUAGACCCUAAAAUGAUGCAUUAAUGUCCAUGAUGAGUGAUUAGUGCACAAAUGUCUGAUCAGAACUGUAUAUGAUGUGGUGUUUGUUACCCUCCAUGACAUUUAGAUGACUCAGGCUUUUCACUGGUUUUCAUAUUUAGUAGAAAAGGGAUUCUUUUUUUUUUUUCUUCCCAAAACUGGUUACGUUUAUAUGUUUGCUGAUUCUGCAACAUGUUUUAUUCAUGUAUAUUUAUUAGAAGAAGGGAAAUGUGUUAAUGUGUGUAGGCAGGAAGUGAAUUAUCGAAGCGUGGAUUGCACAUGGAGCAAGAAGGGAACUCAUGAAAAAGGGUUGCUUUUAAAUGUUUUCAAGCUGCUUAAAUGUUUAGUUAUUUUUUAUGUUUUGUGUCAUUUAUUACAAGAAACCCAUAACUAAUGUGUAAGAAGGGACGCCCUCUGUGCUCAGUUGUUCUGCUUUUACAACCAGUUACUGUAAAUAAGGAACCUUUUUAAAACUAGAAUGACUAUUUUGGAAGUUUCUACAAUGUUUGUCCUGCAAAUAAAAAGAAACUAAAAGCUGACAUUUUCUCAAUAAAUUUGUUUGAACAUACAA